GCCUCCAACUCCAUGCACAUGCCGGCCAAAGCUGAUGCCCUGACCAAACACAGCCAGCUACAAUGGAAGGAACUCGUAGAACAACACUAGUACUCCUCCUCCUUGCCUGUCUCUUGUUUCUUUCUCUGCUCGCCACCGCAAAUUCUCAACUCAGGACUGAUUUCUACAAGGACACCUGCCCCAACGUCGAAUCUCUCGUCCGCUCCGCCGUCGCGAAUAAGUUCCAGCAGACCUUCGCCACCGCGUCGGGAACUCUCCGGCUCUUCUUCCACGACUGCUUCGUCCGAGGUUGCGAUGCUUCUGUGCUGCUGUUCUCGCCGAGUGGCAAAGCUGAGAAGGAUCAUCCGGAUGAUCUUUCACUGGCCGGAGAUGCAUUCGACACUGUGAUCAAAGCCAAGGCGGCUGUUGACAGCGACCCUAAUUGCAGAAACAAAGUCUCUUGCGCAGAUAUAUUGGCUUUGGCUACCCGCGAUGUCGUAGCCCUGAGUGGGGGGCCAUCGUAUGCAGUGGAAUUGGGAAGACGCGAUGGGCGGAUAUCUACCAUAGCCGGCGUUCAGCAUAGUCUUCCACAUCCAGACUUCAGUUUAGAUAAGCUCAAUACCAUGUUCACUUCUCAUGGCCUCACCCAGACUGACAUGGUUGCUCUUUCAGGGGCACAUACGAUCGGUUUCUCUCAUUGCAAAGCCUUCUCAAAGCGCAUUUACAACUUCAGCCCCGAAAAUCCGAUCGACCCGACGCUCGACAGAAGCUACGCCUUUCAGCUCCGGACAAUGUGUCCUAUUAACGUUGACCCCAACAUUGCCGUUGGCAUGGACCCCACUAGUCCCCGAACUUUCGACAAUGCCUAUUUCAAGAACCUUCGACAAUCAAAGGGCUUGUUCAUUUCCGAUCAGAUCCUGUUUAAUGACGCCCGAUCUCGGGCCACCGUCGACCUAUUCGCCUCCAAUAAUGCGGCUUUCAACGAGGCAUUCGUGGCUGCCAUCACCAAGCUUGGUAGAGUUGGUGUGAAAACUGGAAAUGAAGGGGAGAUCCGGCGUAAUUGUGCUGCGAUCAACUAAAACAAUAGAACAAAACUACUGCUACGUACCCAUAAUAAAUAAUUUAGACUAAAAGUUAAAAACAUUUAUUAUUUGAUGUCACGUAGCUGCAAUAAUAAUAUCUACGUAAUUCCAUCCUUUGGUUGAGUUUGGUUA